AUGGUCUACAUUGACCAGCCUGCUGGCACAGGGUUCUCCCCGGUCCCCCCGACAGUGGAGAAUGAGUACGACGUGUCCAAUGAGUUCAAUGACUUGUGGCGCAGAUUCAUCGAUACUUUCCAGAUGCAGGAAUACAAGGUCCUCGGGGAUGUUGGAUCAAAAGAAUCGAAAACAUUUCAACUCAAGGAGAUUCUGCUCUACGAUCCUUCCAUCAAUGAGGAUGGUGUUAUGAUGCAGGCAUCGGCGGUCUCAGCUCUCAACUACUUUUCCAACCUAUUCAAUCGUAACACAACCUUGAUGAUGCAUAUCAAUCAGCGCGCAGAUGAUUGUGGAUACACCAAGUUCCUUGCCGAGACUCUAACUUAUCCACCACCCAAAGAUUUCCCGACUGUGCCCUACCUCAAUCGGGACGGAUGCGACGUUUGGUCUCAAGCUGUUACCGCGGCAGCAUAUUUCAACCCUCGCUUCAACUACUACCACAUUACAGACUUUUGCCCUUAUCUGUGGGAUCAGAUGGCCUUCCAGUCCUUGGGUAGCGGUCCCACUAACUAUUUCAAUUGA